AGGCAAACCAAUGACGUGAAGUGUUACAUUGUUAGAACAUGAGAACGAUCAGUUAACGUUAGUAAUGUGGCUACGUUUCGGUCAAUGUGAUAGUGUUAUAAUAGAAAUAAAUCAAUAGCCGCUCCGGAAAUAACAAGAUGAAAGUCGCUAUAAUUGGAGCUGGAUUAUCUGGGUUAACCAGCUUAAAACAUUGUAUGGCAGAAAAUUACUUUGUGGAUGUUUUCGAACAAACCGGUCUAAUUGGAGGUGUUUGGAAUUAUUCAGAUCAAUAUGGAAUUGAUGAAGAUGGAAUUCCUAUACAUACAGUUAUGUAUAAAGAUUUAACUACGAAUUUACCGAAAGAUUUAAUGACUCUAAACGAAUUUCCAUACCCGGAUCAUCCACCAUCUUAUUUACCCCAAGAAAGAGUUCUUAAAUAUUUCCAAGAUUACACAAAACAUUUUAAUUUACUACCCCACAUUAAGUUUUUUAGCCAAGUAAUUAAAGUGGAACCGACUAACUCAACCAAAUGGGAAAUAACAAUAAAAGAUUUAAAAACCAAAAUGAUCCAAACUAAAGAAUACGACGCUGUUAUGGUUUGUAAUGGACAUUAUCAUUCCCCGAGAUAUCCAGAUAUUCCUGGAAAAGAAAAAUUUAAUGGGAAACAACUCCAUAGUAGUGUGUACAGAACGCCGGAUAUCUUUAAAGAUAAAAAAGUCCUGAUUAUUGGUGCCGGGGCAUCUGGAGUUGAUAUAGCCGAAAAAGUCGAAAAGGUUGCCGAAAAAGUUAUCAUCAGCUUUAAUAAAGAAAAUUUGUUUAAGCUGUCUAAAACGUUAAACUUAAAACCUUUAGUGAAAGAAAUUUAUGAAGAUGGGGUUAUAUUUGUUGAUGGAACCAAUGAAAAUGUUGAUGUUAUCAUUUACUGCACUGGGUAUUUAUAUAAAUUUCCAUUUUUAAGUGAAAGAUGUGGAAUUAAAAUUGAUAAUCGUUGGGUGAAGUACUUGUAUAAAAGUGUGAUCAAUGUUGAAUAUCCUACGAUGGGUUUUAUUGGAAUUACUUGGGAAUGUUGUGUUGUUCCAGUAACAGAAACUCAAGUUCGAUUUUUCGUGGCAUCUUUAAAACAAACAUUUCCGCUUCCAAGUAAAGAAGAAAUGAUGGAAGACAUUAAUAAUCAUUUAAAGUACAUUAAAUCACUAGGUUGGACUGAAAAAGAUAUGCACAGAUGUGGCGUGGACCAAGGAAGAUAUUUCGACGACGUAACUUCGACUGCACGGAUUGAAAAAGUUCCAUCUGUUCUUCAUAAACUUUAUUUGCAAGUUAGAAAAGAUCGUUCGAAUCGCAAAGUUUAUUAUAAAGUCAUUGAUGAUGAUAAUUUUAUACAAACACAAUUAUUAUAAAAAAACAUUUUCUUGCAUUAAAAAAAUAUUCAUCACCAAA